AUUAAUCAACUUAUCAUAAAUGCAGUUAAGAAACCGGAAAUGUCAGAAAGAUGUGUUGGAUACAUUUAUUAACGUUACACAACGAAUUAUGACAUUUACGAGGAUGUUGAAAGCGAAAGAUUAUGAAUAAUUUGUCUACCUGAGUUUACCUAUGUCACCUGUCUUGACCAACAGGUUAAAGGUGUCCAUUACGCCAUACUAUUCUGAUCGAUAUGCUCCAUAUGAUUUACAGACCAGAGGACAAAUACAAAAACAGAAUGAAAUGUCCUAAAGCAGGAGUUUGAAAGUAUUACCUAAGAUCACGUGCUAUCAAUCGAACAGUUAUUUAAUUUCCAGCAAUUAUCAAAAUGACGGAUUCCGAGAUCAACUUAAACAACAAUUACACAAGAAAGCCUUUAACAGCAAAAGAAGAAAAGGCUCUACAACAGUUUAGAGAAAAUGUAAAGGAUGUUAUAGAUCUUAUUAAUUACGAUGUGGAAAAGUUUCUUCGAGCUCGCUCUUUUGAUGUUAAAAAAGCCGAGCAAAUGUUACGAGCGAGUGUCGAAUUCAGACAAAAGGCAAAAGUUGAUACAAUUCUUAAAGAAUACAAAAUACCAGAGGUGAUGGACAAAUAUUUAACUGGUGGAUUUUGCGGUCAUGCAAAAGAUGGUUCUCCUAUACGUGUAGAAUUAUAUGGGAAUAUAGAUCUGAAAGGCUUAAUGCGUUCAACAAAGAAAUCCGAUUUCGAGAGGAAUAAACUACAUCAGUGUGAAUGGACCGUCAGAGACUGGGAGGAACAAAGCAAAAAGUUGGGUUAUCCAGUCGACGGAAUGACAGUUAUAUGUGAUAUGGGAAACACCGGAACGUCGGCGCUUUGGCUCCCUGGCAUAAAGAUGCACUUAAGUUUAGUAAAGAUGUUGGAAGACAAUUAUCCAGAAAUGUUGAAGAGACUUUUAGUAAUCAAUGCACCUCGAAUAUUUCCGAUACUAUAUAGAAUAUCAAAGCCGCUUAUCAGCGAAGACACAAAACAGAAAAUACACGUUAAGGGAGGUGAUUACAAAGACUUAUUGUUACGUUACAUUGAUGCAGACAAUCUACCAGCCUGCUAUGGUGGAAAGUUAACAGAUCCAGAUGGAAAUCCUAAUUGUGCCUCUAUGAUUGGUCAAGGAGGACCAGUGCCAAAAGAAUUUUAUCUAGAAAAUACUGACUUUAAUUUACAACUGCAAUCAGCAACUGUCCCAAAUGGUGAUAAACUGUACUUGGAAUAUAUAGUUGAAAAAACAGGGAGUGUAUUAAGUUGGGAAUUCAAAACUGAGGAGCAUGACAUAUCAUUUGGACUGUUCUUAUGGGAAAAUGAAAAAUACAAAGAGCUAUUACCUAUUGAAAGAACCGAUAGUAAUGUAGUAAUUCAAGAUGGCACCUACACUUGUGAGAAAAGUGGAAAGUAUUUCUUGUGUUUUGAUAACAGUUUUAGUUGGACACGAUCAAAGAAAUUACGAUAUACGUGUGAAGUUUUUGCCCCUGUGGAGACAUCAAUGAUCCAGGAGAUAAAUAAACUUGUGGGAGAUUGUGAUUGGAAAACAUUAUCAGAAAAAUUCGAAACAACUCAUUUAUGAACAGAUUUGUUUAAUUUUUGAUGUUCGUAUUUGAUGUCAAAGGAAACAAUCGACAGAAAAUAUUUCAGGAAUGUAUACCUGACGAAACAUGGGAAUAAAUGUAUUGUUACAAGAAUACUCACGAAGUAAACUUAUAGUUUGAAGUAUAGUUUGCUUUGAUGGGAGAGAUUUUAAACUAUUGUUUUAUCACCUGCACUAUGAUCGUUCAGUCAUUCUACGCAGGUCAUAUCAAAAUAUGUUAUUUAUUUGAGACUAAUCAAAAUAUAUAAUAAAUAGUAUUUACAUUAAUAUUAGAGUAAAACAUGUGUAUUUUUGUAAUAUUAUGUAUAUUCACUGCAACGUGGGGAUGCUACAAAUUUUCAGAUCGCAUUACAAUGUGUGACCGUAUUUAAGCAGGGAAGGCACUACGAUACACUGUGACGAAUGAGUAAAUCUGUAUUAGUUAUCCAUGUGUAUUAACAUCAUAUACUCGAAUCACUUACCAAAUGCUCAAUAUAAAACAUAUUUACUAAAACUGUUAGAAAUUUAAGUUAGUUUCAUUUGUAGGAAAGAAUUUGAAAUGACACAUUUUACACACACGCUAUUCCUCUUUAUUCAAAAUGUACUAUUUAAGUACCAUUCGCAUAGCUUCAAACUUACACAUUUAUAUAGUGUAUUUCAUAAGUAGAUUCAACUCAUUUACAUAAAGGGUAAUAAUGGGUUUAGCCAAUAAUGUUAAUUUUCUGAGACAAUUGUUAGGAAAUUUGUCACGUGUCAUCAAGAGUAGUUUUCUAGUUUUGAUAGUUUUAUUUUUUUCAGAUAUUACUUUAUUUUCUCAAAGAUCAACAAGAUGAUCAUUUAUCAAAACAAACGUUAAGUUUAUUUUGUUAUAUUCUGGUAUAUUUUUUGAAUUAAAAUUUGCUUUUAUAUAAUUUCAGCUACUUUCAUCUAUUAUCAAGGGAAUUAGAUGUAUUAUUUUCAAAUGACUGAUGUAUAUGUAAACAUAGUAUUAUAAUGACUACCAUCAGUUAAAAAUAUGGGAGAACAGAAGAGAAAUAAAAACAUAUUCAUGUGUCUUUUAUAGUGAACCAACCUCUUUUACUAUUCAUUAGGAUUUUUUUUGAUAUUUAAAAUCAUUGAUUUUUUUUUAUCAAAGUGCA